AUGCUUAUCUACACGGACGGCUCCUACUGCCCCCAGCUCCAGCAUGCCAGUUGGUCCGCUGUGAUCACUGCACAACAGGAGAACCGCCCCUGCAAAAUCGGCGCUCUCGCUGGCAAAGUACCCACUUCAGAUGGACCCGCAAGUGCCUUCAGAGCCGAGGUUUGGGCGCUACUUCAUGCUGUUGCCUAUGUUGCUGCUAACGGAAUCAUGCGAGCUACGAUUGCGUCGGAUUGCCAGUCUGCCCUCGAUAUUGUCUUCGGCGUAGCCCGCUGCGACCCAAGUGACAAGGCUCCAGAUCUCCUUGCCUGCAUUGCAGAUGGCACGGUCGAAAGACUCUGGAUGAUCCAUGCCCACCAGUGCAUGCCGGCACAGCUCCCUCACCUUGGCGACAGUGGCGAGUGGGGGCUGCCGUCCUGCAAUCUUAGCCCCGCCACUCGCGCGACCUCAGUUUCUUUUUGCACCCAGCCACCAGAGUGUGAACAAUGGCAGUUGGCACUCAACCUCAUUACUUACAACUGCCUCUCAGCCCGGAGUCGCGCCGCCAAAGCCCUGCUCGACCAGGGCCUGCACCACAGACAAUGUGCACUCGCAGGACUCCAAGAGACCCGCGACCUCGAGGAAGGUGUGCAGACGACUGAGCAUUACUGGGUUGUUUCCUCGGGCUGUGACAAAUCGGGCGCUGGCGGCUGUCAGGUUUGGAUUUCCAAGUGCCUCCCGUGGGCACGCGCCGGUGAGCAGAUGAUGCAACCGGCGCGUGACAGCAUCUGCGUCUUGUUUGCUUCGCCGCAGCUGCUCAUUGUGCUUUUCCGUGUUGGCACCCUUAAGGUUGCAUGCGUGGUUGCACACGCCCCUACCUCCACCGCCCCACAGCCAGUGAUCGAUCAGUGGUGGAAGGAUCUCAGGGAAGCUAAUCUUCGGGUACCGCCCGGGCACAUCCGCAUCUGCAUGAUCGACGCCAAUGCUUCCUUCGAGUCACACCCGGACAACCCCAGCACCAUUGAGGCCACUCCCUCUGGGGCUAACUCCUCCUGUUUCCAGGCCUUUUGCCAGGACUUCUGUCUGUGCCCUUCGGCGCAACGAGAUGUGUCCGGAAACCGGCUUUUCUCCUGGACCAGCCCUGGGGGUGAGCUUAAGCGGCUCAUCGACUACGUGUGUGUUCCG